CUACAGUUUACUCUCCUUGAGGAGUGUGAUGAAGGGGCUAGAAGAGUGAAAGGCUUGUACAUGUAGGAAGAUUGUGCUAACUUCUUAGUUCCUAGACUCCUCUCUGCUUAUGGCCUGCUUGAGCCCCACCCCUCAAAGGGCUGCAGAGUGGGAGAGACGGGAGGAACCAUACGUUUUUCGUUUGUGAAGAAGAAAUAAUUUUCUCAGCCCAUUGUGCAGAUGUGCAGAUCUCCAAUGAAAGUGCUAUUUGCCAAUAAGCUUGUAUGCUUCCAGCUUCCCAGAGUCCUGGGUGCGCUUGUCUGUCUCCUGGGUGCUUGGACCUCUGGAGCUCAGAGUUCUGGAAUUCAGACUUCUCUGCAUGGGAUCAAGGGAGGUUCCAUCCUAUUUCACUUGAAUAUAAGCUCAGGAGAAGAGAUCAAAAUGAUCACAUGGAGUUUUGAAUCUAAUAAAAGUCAUCACAUUCUGUUCCAUUUCAAGCCUGAGGAUGAGUCUCUAACAUGGGAGAAUCCUGAGAACAGAUAUGAGCAGAGAGUUCAUGUGACAUCCAAUACGGCAUCCUUGAGUAUUGGGAAUCUCACCUUUGAGGAUCACGGGUGCUAUAGAGCUCGAAUCCAAUAUUCUACAGCAGAACUCUAUGAUCAAAGCUUCUUUCUCUCUGUUGAUGAGCCCAUCUUCCCCGAGAUCAAGGUACUCUCAAAUUUCCUGACGUCAGAUUGGUGCAACCUCACCUUAGCAUGCUCAGUCCUAGGGGCCACUAAGGAGGUGAUAGUGACCUGGGAAAGUGGAGAUAUCCCUAACAUACUAUCACAGGAGGAGAGACUAGGGUUGCUCUUUAACUCUAGUAUACUGAAUCUGUCCCUGCCACGGAGUGUCCAGAAUUCCUCUCUCACCUGCAUAGCCAAGAACCCUGCAGAGCAGAAAAACUCCACAUUAUACCUUCGUGAUGCCUGUAAGAAUUCAAAUCUCUCAAAGCAGCAUUGGCAGAUUGGAAUUUUCCUUCUGCUCAUAUUGUUGGGGAUCCUGGGGAUUGGACUGUGGAUCUACAGAAGAAAAGAAAAGAAGAAUGAAGUUAUGGAGUCUUCAAAAAAUCAGAGAAAUAGUGACAACAGCAUCCAAUAUGCAGUGCUGAACCCAGACAGGCGUCCUGAAGUCCAGAACCAGUGUCAGGAAGCUUGUGAGCAGCAGCCACCAGAGAGGGAGCUCCCCACUACCAUUUACAGUGAGAUCAAGAGGACACGCUAACAAUGCUCAGGUGAAUUAAGUUGGCCAUAUUGAUUAUACUCCUUUACUAAUCUCCUGGCUCUGUUCCUGCCUCUCUGGACUUCUCUACUAUGCCAAGCAGUCUUCUCCCUCUGGAAGACUCCUUCACCCUCACCCUGGAAGAUCCCUCUACCUAAUGGACCCCUCUUUCACUUGGGGAAUUCCUUCUUGGAACCUCCAUUUAAGAAAGUGCCCAAGGCAGCCAUCAUUACUCCUUUACUUCUCACAAGGCUCUAGAAGCUCUUGAUUCUUACAACUUAUCCACUCCCCCACAAUAUUUCCUUUUCAGCUCUCUUUUAUUUUUUCCCCACUUAAUAGUAUUUCUUUUCAAUUACUUGUAAAGAUAACU